UGCAAUUAUUGCAUAAGACUCGUAGACGAGAGGAGGACAGCUACAGUGUACACACACACGACGACGAUGAUGACGGUGGCUGGACGUUUGAGCGCGUGUAUUAGCUAAUGUUUUGGGUCCAUGGGUGUCCCCCAUCUGCGGAAUAAUAAAUAUUAAAACGAUGCUGUGCCACGGUCGUCUCGUUGGACAGCUGUCCAGGAUAACGAGACACGCCUGCACGAGUUUCCCCGAUCCUCUGAAACGCGUUGGUUUCAUCAGCACAAGCACUUUGAAAUACAGCUCCAAAAGUAAAAGAGGCAAAACUGGCACAACGCUUAAGGUAGAUGAGUGUGUACCCAAGACCAAAAUACAAAAAAAAGUUCCUCCUUUGCCACCGCCACCACCACCUCCGCCUCCUAUACAUUCAACUGCUCCACCUGUGCCACCACCAAAUGAACUGAAACCUCCAGAGCGUGCUGUUCCCUUGUGUGAGGAUAGAAAUUAUAAUUGUCCUCCGAUUGCACAGGAAGAAUGCUACAAGCCUGGAGGAGGCUCAGAAGGGAAGGGUCCAGAGUUCGAAUAUUGGAAACAUUUGAUUGCUACCCUUCUUUUAGCCGGUGUUUCUGCAUACGCGUACUUUGAGUGGUUCAAAAAAGAUGACAAGGAAAAAGAGCACACAGUCAUUGAUAAAGGCAGGGGGCGCCCGAAAUUAGUCCCAGAUCCCAAAGAAGCUUCUUCGAUACCAUCGGAAGUACCGUAUUUGUUAAUAGGUGGUGGCACAGCAGCGUUUUCCGCUUUUCGUUCCAUUAAAUCUCGGGAUCCCAAAGCUAAGGUUUUAAUUGUAACAAAUGAAGGUGAUUUGCCGUACAUGAGGCCUCCUUUGUCAAAGGAAUUGUGGUACCAAAGUGAUGACCUAGCUUCUCAACUGAUAUUCAGACAAUGGAAUGGUAAAAAGAGGAGCUUAUUUUAUGAGCCUCCAGAAUUUUUCUUACCAAUAAACGAACUGUUGAGUUCAGAGAAAGGAGGUGUAGCUGUCGCAAGAGGUUGGGAAAUCAAAAAGAUUGAUGCAUUCAGCAAAACUGCCUAUUUACAAAAUAAUCGUCCAAUCAAAUAUGAAAAAUGCCUCAUUGCUACUGGUUCAUCGCCAAAUAAUUUGCCCAUAUUUGAGAAAGCAGAUCAACGAAUCAAAGAAAAAGUGAUAGUCUUUAGGACAAAACAAGAUUUUGAAGAAUUACUCUAUAAUGUUCACAGUAGUGCAGUUAAGGAUAUUGUUAUUGUUGGUGGUGGCUUUUUGGGCUCGGAGUUGUCCACUUCGCUUGCGCGAAACAUGACACCCGAGGGUAAAAGAGUUUAUCAAGUUUACAAGGAAAAUAGUGUAUUAGCACAAGUUUUACCAGAGUAUUUAAGCCAGUGGAUAACAAAACAUUUGGAAGCACAAGGAGUAAUUUGUGUUCCCAAUGUAGAAGUUCACGACUGUGCAUUGAAAAACGACAAACUAUCACUUACACUUUCUGAUGGACAAGUGAUGGAGGCUGAUCAAGUUGUCGUAGCAAUCGGUGUAGAAGCAAACGUUGCCUUAGCUAAAGAAUCUAAUUUAGAAAUUCAUCCAGAAAAAAGUGGCUUCUUGGUAAACGCUGAAUUAGAAGCAAGGAGUGAUUUGUGGGUGGCAGGUGAUGCCGCGUGCUUUUACGAUGUCAAACUUGGAAGACGAAGAAUCGAGCACCAUGACCAUGCAGUAAUUUCUGGAAAACUGGCCGGUGAAAACAUGACAGGUGCUCACAAACCGUACUUACAUCAGUCGACGCUGUGGUCCGAUCUUGGUCCGGAAGUUGGUUUCGAAGCGAUUGGUAUUAUCGAUUCGAAUCUUGAAACUGUGGGUGUGUUUGCCAAGGAUUCUGAGAAUGAUACAUCUAAAGUUGCUGUUAGUGCGUCCAAUGAAAAUGAAAACAUAAACGUAGAGGAUUCAAAAUCUAAGCCUAAAAGUGAACCAAGUCCUAGUGAAAGUAAAUUGGAAGAGAAAAAAUCUGAAGCUCCUAAAGAUCAGCCUGCUAAUGUUGUUUCUGGUGAUAAAGAAGCCGAAAAUUAUGAAAAAGGUGUUAUUUUUUACUUGAAAGAAAAUAACGUGGUUGGCAUUCUUCUAUGGAAUAUCUAUGGUGGCAUGCCAGUAGCAAGACAGUUAUUCAAAAGAGGCUUAGUAUACGAUGAAAUCAACGAGGCAGCAAAGUUGUUCCAAAUUCACGAAGAAUACGAGGAAUAAAAAUUCAGGAGUCUUGGAUCGCUGUAUUGUAUAUAAUGCAACAAGUAUUUUCGAUGCGAAUUUUUACGUUAACUAGAGGUAACUGUUAACUGUACCGUUUUUAAUUUCUUUGUGUUCAUUCCGAUCUACGCUGCUGAACUCUUAGUUUAAAGAAAAAAAUUUCGCGAGGUUCGAACUGUCGAUAAUUGCAUUUACUUAAACAGCUAAUAUUUUGGUGCCUGCAGGAACAGUAAUAUAAUAAUAAUAAAAUAAUUACAAUAGCUAAAACCGUGCAAACGAAUGAAACUUGCUUUUGUAACGUUUAAAGUAAUUUUUCACACUUUUUUUAGUUUCCUACAAAUUGUACAUUAAUAUGAUUGUAUCACCGUAACUUCAGUCCUUUGUACCAUAGAAUGUACUUCAAUAACCACAGUUUAUUCGAUAUUUUUGACGUUCAAAAAUAUCAAUAACGAUAUCUCUUGUCUUGUCCAACUUAUUAUUGUAAUCAUUACUUUUUUUUUAUUUAUUUAAAAAAAAAUAGCUUUAUUCACUAGCUAGUAACUAGCUGUACAAAACAUAGUUGAUUGAAUUUAUAUAAAAGUUUGAGACUUGUUGUUUGAAAA